CUCAGGUGUUUGCUAUUGUAACACCUAAAGCAAAUGGCAUCAUCAAAACCAAAGGGGUUAGGGAGUUCACUGACCAUUCAAGAGCUUGCCAAAGAGCCCAUGCUUGUCAUCCCAGAGCGCUAUGUUCGUUUAGAUAACAAACCUUGUUCAAUUCUCUCCGAAGAUGGCACUUCCCAAACCAUCCCUACUGUUGACAUGCAACUAUUACUUAUGGGUGAAGCAACCGACUUUCAACUAGACAAGUUGCAUUCCAUUUGCAAAGAAUGGGGCAUCUUUCAGAAAAAAAGUUUAUUGGUAAAAAGGGAGUAUAAGACCGUUUUUGGGUUGAUGGCAAAAGCUCUAAAGAUUGACAAGGGAGAGAUGGAGGAGAUGUUUGAUGAUGGAAUGCAAUCAGUGAGAAUGUCAUACUAUCCUCCAUGUCCCCAACCAGAGAAGGUGAUGGGCCUGAGGCCUCACUCCGAUGCUACCGGCAUCACCAUCCUUCUGCAAGUCAAUGGAGUUGAGGGCUUCCAAAUUAAAAAAGAUGGGAUUUGGAUUCCUGUUAGUUUCCUCCCAGAUGCCUUUGUUGUUAAUGUAGGAGACACUCUAGAGAUAUUGAGUAAUGGUCUCUACAAUAGCAUUGAGCACAGAGUAACGGUGAAUUCAGUAAAAGAGAGAAUGUCCAUUGCAAUGUUUUUCAACCCUAAGUUUGAAGCAGAGAUCGGACCAGCAGCUAGCUUUCUAAACCCACAAAACCCUCCGUUAUUCAAAAGGAUUAGUACAGAAAAGUACUACAAAAAAUAUUUCUCUCGCAGGCUCAACGGAAAGUUAUUCUUAGAGCAAAUGAAGACUGAAAAUGGAGAAGAUGACACUGCUUGAUGAUAAUCACUAGUACUCUUAAAAAUAAAUUAAGAAAAAUAAAAUAUUGGUAUUUGUACUAUCUAGUGUGUUAAGGUUUGGAACACAACCUCGAAUAACAUGUCAUGUUUGAGACAACGACAUGCAAGACCUCCCUUCAUGUGUAAGAUAACCCAAAAUAUAACUAGCUUGC